AUGGCUGACAGUGACCUUGCCAUGCAGUGCGAGGCACAGGGGAGGAUGAUAGAACAGCUGAAGACCAUGAUCCGAGACAGGGAGGAAACUAUAAAAGCCAAGGAUAAAGAGCUGCAGGAGACCAAUGCAAAGAUUUCCAAAUUAAAACUUCAAGCAAAAGCUAAAGUGGCCAAGGAUGCAAAAGCUGCUGGAAAGAAAGUUGAGGAAACUACAAAGGAACACCAGGAUGGAGCCACAGGAGAAGAUGAGAGUGCCACUGACAAAGCAGGGAGGGCUAAAAUGAUCAUGUUAAAGAAGAAACUGGAGGAGAGACAUCGCAUCAUCAGUGAGAAAGAGGAACUCCUAGCCUCCAAGGAUGCACUGAUUGAGGCAAAGGUCAAGGUCAUAUCCGAGCAGGAGGAAGCCAUCAAGACCCUGUCAUCCCAGCUAGAGGGAAACGCCAAUCUGAUCGCACAAUUACAGUCUGAACAGACGGCAGAGAGCUCCUCUCCAGAGAGUGGAGUGCAGGAGAUGUAUGCUCAGAUUGUGUACAAAGACAACAAAAUUCUGGAGCUCAACAACAAGGUUCUGGAUCUGGAGAAGAAGAUGAUGGAUCUCCAGGAAUUCAUCUCAGAAAAGAACGAGGUCAUCAAGGGGAGGGACAAAGUGUUUGAAAUUUUGCAGACCACAAUUAGAGAAAAGGACCAAAACAUCCAGAGCCAAGCUAUGCUAAUAUCCAAACUUUCCGCCAAAGUUGAAAACUAUGAAGAGAAAAUUGCAGAAAUGAAAGAACAAGUAGAAAAAGCUGAUCAUGCUCUGAAACUAGAAAGUGAAAAGUUCGAUUUGAAGCUUCGGGAGACACAGAAAUAUUUCGAGGAAUCCUUACAAGAGAGUCAAGGAUUAGUGACAAGUCUUCGUGAGAAUGUAAAAGUGAAGGAUGAUGAACUUCUAAUGAGGGAGAAUGACCUUCGAGAAUUAAUAGCCAGACACGAAAAAGACAUUCAGAGGAUAAUGGCGAAAGGUGAAGUAGAUUUGCAAGAUCAUGUGUUAAAAAUGUUGGAGCAGAAACUGAAAGAUACAAAUGAAGUUUUAGAAGGAAAAAUAAAAGUGAUUGAAGUGCUUCAGAAAGAAGUGACAGCUAAAGACAAACAAAUUGAGGAAAGUUUAGAGGUGCAAAAGAACUUCAAAGAAAAGCUUCAAUCCACUUCAGAACAACUGAUGCUCAUGCAGGCCAACAUCGUAGACAUGGAAAUGCAAUGGAAAGACGAGAAAAAGAAGCUAGAUGGAAAAAUCAGAGAUCUAAUUGAAAAGCAUGAACUAGAGAAAACGGAAAAAGAACUGACAGUACAGACCAUGCAAGUUCAGCUUUAUCAAUAUCAGACAGCUUACACUCAAGCUGUAGCUCAUUAUAACAGUCUUCAGGAAAGAUUUCUUCAUAACACGAGGCCUGGGGGAGCUGUCCCAGUCUCUCAGGUACCACCACAGGAAGAGGAAAAGACCACACUCCAGGCUCCAGAGCAACUGGAUGCCACAGCACAGGUGAUGGCGGAAUUGAAAGAAAAACUCUUAGAAAAGGAAAAGGUAAUCAAAGAGCUAGAACAUUAUAAGAGUGACUUUGAAAUGGCUCAAGCCAAAGUGGUGGAAGUUGAGAAACAAAUGGAAGAAAAAAUUGAGGAGUUGAAGAAGAGUAUGAAAGGGACAGAGGAAGCUAGUUCUAAGAAUCUGAAACAGAAAGCCCAGCUAACAGCAAAGGUGAAGUCCCUGGAGAAGGAAAUUAAAGAACUCAAGGUAUCCACCAGUGCUGAGAAGAGCAAACAUUUAGAGGAAGUUGCUCUACUCAAGGAACAGCAAGCGAAAGAAGAAGAGCUUCAUCUAAAAACGUCUGAUGACUCAAGUUCCCUCAAAGAAGAAAUCACAGCUUUAAUGUCUGAAAAUGAAGGCCUUCAGAAACUUGUCAAGUGUCAAGAACAAAAGAUUGAAAACUUGAAUGCAGUACUCCAGAGUAAGGAAGAACAAGUAAAUUCAUUGUAUGAGGAGCUUAAAGGUAAAGUACAGGAAGCAAGUUCACUACAACAGAUAAUUCAACAACAUGAAAAUGAAAUACAACAAUCUAAACUUGACAGUGAAUCAGAAGUUGAGAAUUUAAAAUCUCAACUCAGUGACUUAGAAAAUCAGUUAAAAAGUUUAAGUUCAAAUUCUGACCUUAAAGAAAGUGAAGUAGUGGAUUUACGGAGGGACUGUGAAAGCAAACAAAAAGAAAUCAAUGAUCUCAAAGACAAUUUACACGAGAAAGAGGCUAUAACUUCAAAACUUCAGGACACUGAAAGUGAACUGAAAUCUCAAUUGUGUUCAUUACAAACUGAAAAUGAGGAAAAAGAAUCUGUGAUACAAUCCCUUAAUAUUCAGAUUGAGGAAUUAAAACAUUCAUUGUUGAAAAAAGACUCUGAAAUUGAAGAUGUUGAUAUAAAAUAUAAAGAAUCACAUUCCAUGUUAAGUAAUGCAAACUCAGAAAAUGAGCGGCUUUCAAAUGAAUUGAAACAGACUAAAGAGGAGUUAAGUAGUGUUUCAGAUCAAUUUAAAGAGGUAAGCCAGGAAAAGGAACAGAUUCAGAGUGAGUUAACAGAGACAAGAGGAAAAUUAGACUAUAUAUCAACACAAGUUAGUGAAUUAACUGAGACUUUAUCAAAUAAAGAAAUUGAACUUAAAAGGAAGGAUGAUGAAAUCGAAAAUCUUCAUUCAGACUUGAAUGAAGUCAGGACAUCUGUGUCUGAUUUAUCUAGUCAAAAAAGUGGACUUGAACGUCAGGUAACAGAAUUACAAACAAUUUGUUGUGAAAAAGAUGAGCAAAUUAAAAAUUUGUCCUCAAGUUCUGAGGAUAGCUUAAAAUCUUUACAGGAACUUGUUGGAGAAAAAGAUGCCAAAAUUCAAACUAUGAUGGAAAGUGUUAAUGCAAGUGAGGCCAAAUUAAAGGAAAUGGAUAGUAACAUGACACUUUUGAAAGACCAAAGUGAAAAGAAUGUACAAAGGAACUCUGAAAUACAGGAGGGGCUUGAAAAGAAAGUUGCAGAAUUGGAGGAACUUCUUACUGCCAAGAACCUUGAGGUAGAAAGAGUAUCUGAUAAAUUAACAGAUAUGGACUCGGGGCAUAAUUCAAAAGUUGAAUCUCUCCAAAGUGAAAUAAGAACAUUGUUAGACAAUAGAUCUGCAAUUUCAAAAGAAUUAGCUAUAAAAAAGGAAGCUGAAAGGAAGUUAGCAGAGCAACUCUCACAGUUGCAAAAGAAUCUUGGUGAAAAAGAGGAGGUAAUCAGAGAGAUGUCUUCUUCACUCAAUUCUGUGCAGGAAGUGAAAGAGCAUCAAGUGGAAGUCAUUGAUCAACUGACGAGGGAUCUAGAAAGUAUACGACAGGAGAAGGCUGACUUAGCAGAGACAGUGGAAAAGUUAACACAGGAGAUACAGGGUUCAACCACGGAGAGAAACCUUCUUGCAGAAAAGACAGUCCACUAUAGAGACACUUAA